GGCUGCGCGCAGUGACCGCCGCGCCGCCGUCAGUGACAGUGCCCGACACGACAUCACGACAUCACGACACGACUAAUAACUAACUGCUAACAGUGUAACAGUGUUAUGUUAACCACGAUCCUGUGAGACGAUCAGGAUGUCCGAAGGCGACGUUUCGUUGAUACGCGACGAAGACGUUUUACGUCGAAUGUGGCAACAGACCGAGGACUUCUCCCGCAAGAAGGAGAUCCGCACGCACAUGUACAAGCUGCGCGAGGAGCGACUGCGCAACCUCUACUCGCCGGAGCCCAGCGCUGAAGGAAAAGGUUAUGAAUUUACAUCGACUCAAGAUCACGUCAAGUCGUUCGCCGACCAGAGCUUCCAAUCCAUCAAGAGCAAGGAGGUGCGCGACGCAGGCUCCCCGCCCAAGGAGUUUUCCUACCGCGGCCAAGAUCUGAAGGAGCUGUCCAACGCCGGCUGGAAUGUCGAAUCUGAAAGCAAGUCGACGAACGACGGUCACACGCACGUCAAGUCGACGAACGCUAACAUCGAGGGGCGGUACGACGUCGACGGGGGCCACGGGCAGUUCGCCGCCGUGGACAAACACAAGCAGGCCGUCACCGAGUACGAGGACGGUAAUACUAAACUGAAAAGAAACGAGAACUCCACCUGCUCGGCCGCUCACGAGCAGGUGGUGCGCCAGCUGGACGACGGGAGCCACUUCUCGUCUACGACAAGCUCCUCGUCGUCCAAGUCCAAAUUCGAACAAGUUUCGAGCAAACAGGAGACAGUGCCAUAUCCAAUCACCAACGAUAACUAUGAAAUCACUUCUAAAAAGAUCGACGAUAACGCAAAUGAAAGCAGAACCUAUAAAAAGGAAAGAGUCGUCGAGACUUCGGAUUACGAUCAGAGAAUAAAGACGGACUACGAGCAAGGCGACUUGCUUUCGAGAAAAGUGGAGUAUCCCGACGAAAAUACUAAAGUCAUAGUUGAGACGAGGUCUCUUCCAGAUGGAACGAGAGUGACCAGCACGCGAAGAGAGUUCUGUGGUCCUGUGGUACAAACUAGUCAUUCUACGGCGUCUAACAGUGAGAGUAAAUUUUCCUCGCACACGAGUUCGAAUAAACAUUAUCACUCUAGUCAAUCAUCGUCGGAAAUUCUUCGUGAGAUCGGUGACAAUAGAAACAUAGUCGAUUCUCAGAGAAACAUCGAUAAAAUUGAUUUCGAUCGCAGACAGGAUGAUCACACUAGUAUGAGACGCGAGAGUAGUGAUCGAAUGGAGUACAAAAAUCAAAAAAAUAAUGAAACUCAUCAGAAAGAAACCACAAAAAUUUACCACGACGACCAGAUAUCUGUAAAAGAAAAUAAAAAUAUCCAAAAUAAAGUAAAUGAACAGAAUUUUUAUAGUAAAAGCGAGGAGCACACUAACAAAUUCACUCAAAGCAAUACUAAAAAUGAUGUAGAAAAUAAAACGACCACGCAUAAUUAUGAAAAAACGUACGAAAUAGACGAUACACAAAGAAAAAUAAGCAACGACUGGAGUCCAGCUCAACAAGCUUGGGCUAGCACUCUCCGUGCAGAUACUCCAACAGGAACCUCAACAAGGGCUUCAUCGCCCGGUGCCAAAACAUUUAAGUCGAGCUCUUCAUCGUUAAGAAGCAGUGUUAGUCCUGACAAAACAUAUCGGAAACCAUCUAGUCGUGGUGGCAGUCCCAGUAAGAUUGAUAGACACUCACCCACACGCAACAGUUCUAAUCAUUUUUCAAGCACGCACUCAACUUACUCGGUUUCAGAAACUAAUUCAAGUAGAAACACAAGCGUUGAACGAAACUUGCCAAGAACAAGAUCUCCAAAUAAACCAACUGUUGGCUCAGAUAGUUACAGUAACCGUCCAAGGUCCAGUCAAAGCCCAGAGAAAGUUCCGCAUUAUAAUGAAAACAAACGGAGUCCUAGUCUAGAUAAAGAAACAAAUACAAACAAAAGGCCUAAUCAGAGCCCCGACCGUAAUCUUUAUUCACCUUUAAAAAACGUUAAAGAUGAUUCUACUGUUCCUGGAUAUAUGAAACCUACUUUUACAACAAAAGUAAGCCCAGGAGAAAAAAUCAACAAAACGACAGAAGAUCAUUACAAAUUCAUCGAUGAAGAAACAAAGAUGUAUACUCGGUCUGAUUCUAAGUACACUUCAUCAAUACAUAAUGAAACUGAUAAUACGUUGCGACGCUCGUCUAGUCCAACAAAGACAUACACCAGAAGUCCAUCACCAAGUAAAAAGGGGCCUGCAAAAGAUUCUCCGAGAACUUCACCUACGCGAAACCUGAACUCUCCUAGCCGAAGUUCAUCUCCAUCUAAAAUACCUGACAAUAAGAUUUCGUCACCAUCACAUCAGAAAAGUCCAUCUAUUCCUUCAAGGAGUCCAAGUCCUCAAAAAAUUAUUAUGUGUUCAACUAAAGAUUCUCCCAAAAAAAUCUCAGAACAUUUGGAAAGAAAUUAUGACACAUACGAUAAAUCUACUUCCAAAGAGAAUAAUAUAACUACAACGUGUACUGAUACUAUAGACAUUUCAACAGAACAAUUCAGCACAUUUGACAGAAAACGAAGUCCCGAUAAUAAGGGAAAAGAAGCCGAUAAAAAACCACAAACAACGAGUAGGUCACCCUCACCAAACAAGCGACUUGCUGAGUCUCCAGGAAAAUCUCCAAUGAGAGACAAAAAAUUCCAAACAACAACAGAUUUUAUAAAUACAGAGAAAACAACAGAGGAAGUAAAUAAGUCUAAAUUAAAAGACCGCCCCAGGCAGUUGAUUACGCCAUCUACUAGUCCCACAAGAAAAACAAAAGUUGUUGAGACGGCUCCUUCUACUGGACAAAGCUCACCAACUACAUCAGUUAGCGGGUUUAUUUAUUUCAGUUCUCCACGACAGGAAAAUAGAACUGUUACUGAUCUGGACAGUGAAGAUUUCACCUCUUUGGAAAGUACGGAAGUGAUUUCACAAAAAACUGACUACACGAAUCGUUCACCAUCUCCAUCAAAAAUUCCUUGUAGAUCUCCAUCUCCAGAAAAAAAAACUACAAAAGAGAGUCUUCCAAGAAAAAGUUCUUUGAAAAAACCUAAAGAUUUUGGGCAAAUGUCACCAACAGAAAAACCACCGACCAGUUUUCUUGUAUCACCAAACGAAGAAAUUAAAAAUAUUAACUUCGAAGAUACACCAAAAUCCACUGACUUACCAUCUAAGCCAAAACCACCAUUUGAAAGACGAGAAACUUAUGAUGAAAGGUGUCGUAAAAUUUUAGGUAUGAUGGACGUCACUCAAAAAGAGACUACUGAAAAAAUAACAAAUGUAACUCAAAACAAAGAGUCGCCGAAACAUUCACCUAGUGUGUCACCUUGUCGCAGUCCACGAAAUGAAAAAUACACUCAGGAUACAGUGACGACUAAAACUGUCGUGGAUAAUAAAACAAAAGCCUCUACAACUUCUUCGAGAGAAGGUUCUCCAACGCAACUUAAACACAUUACUGAUACUAAACCGGUUACAGACAAACCGAAAACAAUUCAUUCAAGAGAAACAUCCCCGAAUAAAUGUCUUGAUUAUGUAACUCCUGUUACAAAAACUAAAACUCCGGCUAGGGAAACAUCACCAACUAAACUGCAAGAUAUAAAUAUCGGAGUAAAAAAAAAUAUUUCUGAAAAGGUAUUUAAAACUUCUUCAAGAGAAGCGUCUCCUACUAAGCUCAAAGACAUAAUAACUGUAACGAAAAGUAAAGUAAAUACCGAUAAAGUUAAAAAUUCAAGAGAAUCUUCGCCUAUCAAACUCAAUGACCUUAAUGCUUUGUCCAAAAAGACAAUUGACAAUUUUGAAGAAACAGUUAAAUCAUCUGAAAUAAAUAAACAUGAUUCUGGUAGAACUUCUAAAGUUGAAGAAAAGACAAUAACUACAAAAAAGAAAAGUACUGUUGACGAAGAAAAAGAUAAAGCACAUAUAAAUCACAAAAAUAAUGGAACAUUGUCUGAAACAGAGCAAGCAGCCUUUUCCGACGAAAACACUAAUGUUAUCCAAACGACGAAGGGUUUAGAAAAAUAUGUGAUUACUGAUCUGGUGGACGAAGGUAAAUGUAAUCUUAAAUCACUAACUUCAUCGCCUUUAAACAAUCACGCGCAAAUUGAACCAGAUUUCAUUAAAUCUACUACAUAUGAAGUAACUGGGGAAAAAUUGAAUAGACCUAAUAAAAUCGAAAGUACUUCCAAACUAAUAACAUCUGAACGACAACAAGAAGUUAUGGAUAAGGUACAAAAAUCAUUAAGAAAACUCUCUCCAGACCGAAAAGAUAGAUCUCCUAGUCCGUCCAAAAUUUCAUUGAAAGAUUAUGAGGAUUCUGAAAGUCUUACUCUUACUCAAAAGACGACGACUUCAACUUCUACAACAACAGAAAAUAAGGACUCAAUUAAAGAUAGUAAAACUUCCAGUAAACCAUCAUCUAGAAACACUUCGCCCACAAAGAAGAGUAACACAACAUCAAUACCUUCAAGAAGUGUAUCGCCAAGGAAGCCUUUAUCUCCAACAGAAAGACCACAGUCACCACAAAUUCCUAAGACAACAUCAUAUAAACCUAAAGAUCAAAACAUAGGAUCAUAUAAACCUAGAGAUCAAAACACGGGAAAUAAGAAAACUUCUCCAUUAUCACCACUGAAAGAUAAAACUACAACGACAGAAAUAAAGAAAAAUACAAAUAACCUUACCAAACAAGCUACCACGAUUCGGACGUCUACUACAAAGAGUGCAGUAAAUAAAGUUAAUACGAACCUACAAAGUAAGCAUUCAGAACCAUCCGAUGUAAAGCGGUCACCUGUAAACAAGAGUACUAUAAGGGAAAUAAUUAAGAAAGAAUCUGAAAAUAAGGUGACUAGAACUGCUAGUGAUACAGUAUUAAAGACAAAAAAGCCCACACCGCAGAGAAUGAAAUCAAAACCAGAAAUACAUGUUAAUGAUAUCGCCACUUCACAUAAACAAACUAACGUUAAGCAAACGAAAACCACUAAGGAAAUAAAUACAAAGUUGCCGUCGAGUAAACCAAAAUCAGCAACUGCACUUAAUACGUCAACUGAUGAAGAUAAUGAUUUUACUGUUGAUGUUCAACAAGCAAAAUCAUCACGAGAAAAUUCUCCCGAUCGUAUAUGUCCCACACCCAUUAACUUCGCAGAAGAUGUUGGUACACCCAGAUUCCCGGACGAAGUCAGUGAGCCUGAUGAUGAAUUCCAAAAAAGGACAUACAAAACAAUCCAUGAAACUGAGUCAAUAGUUGAUGAUAUUGUUGAAAUAUGCGAAGACGAAGAGUUGUUCUCUAAAAAUAGUAAAAAUGUCAUUGAAGGAGAUGAAUGUCUUCUUAGUGUUAAUGAUAAAGUUUCUAAGUUUACAACAGAAAUAGAAAAUGUCAAUAAAGUUAAAGACACAACCUCUCGUCAUAAAGAAGUAGAUAACGUUUAUAAAACGGUUGAUAAGAAUUUACAAGAAGAUGAGUGCUUGCUCUCUGUUUCACAGAAAGUUAAUAAAUUUGCAAAAGGGCCUAAUGAUAUCAGAAGCAGUAAAAGUCCAUCACGAAAUAUUACACAAGAAUAUGAUAAACAUACGACUUAUCAAGAUGACUACACUAAGCUCAGCGUUAACGACAAAGCUAAUCUAUUCAUUGAAACUGCUGAAAGUGCUAAUGCUCCAAAAUCAAAACCUACCAAAAAAGUUGAACGUCCUGAUCUCAGUAAUGUUGAUGAAACUUUAAAGCGCGAUGAUUGCUUGCUAAGUGUUUCAGAUAAAGUAAACAAGUUUGUAAAAACGUCUGAAUUCCUGAAAGAAACUCAAGAAAUAGAAGAGAAAGAAAGACGAAUUCAGGAGCAGCAAGAGAAAAUCAUUAAAAAUAUCGUAGAAAAUGUAGAUACACUAGACACUUCUAAGACCGACACUACAUUUUUUGAACAAGAAAAAAAUAUUAGACCAAAAGCAAACAGUACUUCACACCCUACUACUACUAAACCUAUUGAAAAAACACCGAAGGUCGUAAGCCUGCGUAGUAGUGAUGCUGUGAAAAAGGCAAAAGCUUUAUUUGAAAAUAUUGCAACAUCUACAACUAAAACUACGGAUACGAUUCAUAACAAAACAAUAAAAUCCACAAAAAUUGUUAAUGAUAAUUUAGUAUCACCUCAUAAGAAACCCAUGGAAGAAUCUGUAAAAACUGAAGAAGUUGAUAUCGAAAUGAACGUUGUGCAAAAUGGUGAACUCGAUAAAAAAGUAAGUGAAAAGUUGUCCAAUAAUACGAAACCGAUUAGUGACCAAACUCAUUUGAGGCCUCGUUCUCCCGUUAAGUCAAGACCAAAAUCGCCUUGCCGCCAAGUACCGGAGACCAUUACGACGACUAAAACUACGAUCACCCGUAUCACACCCGUCACAUCCACGCCUGUCAAAAUAGAGCCAAAAGAUGAGAAACCUGAAAAAUCUCACGACAAAGUGCCCGGCUACCAACGUCCCACAAAAACUAGCCAGUUAAAAGAAGAACCGAAGGUUGUAGAAGAACCAGAAGUGAGCAGUAGACGUGGCAGUGGAAAAUUUGGCGUAGAACUAAGAAGGACUAGCACCGAAAGAUGUUCUGUAAGCAGCGAACGACGCCGCAGUGUCGAACACCACCAGCCCUGCAUUGAAGACAUUUUCGAUCUCGACCUCCUGGAACAAAUGUUGGAAAAGGUCGUAGGCUACGAGCAGAGGCGACGCAUAAGAGCUCAAAUAAGAGUGGCUAGGAAAGAAUCAAACCAGUUUAAUAAAACGGUAACUACACAUACGGUCUCUAAGAUUACUAAAACAAGAUCACCAGAACGACGACCAGGUAAAUCCCCUGACCGCCAGCAAAGACCAGCCCCACAGAAGACUUUAUCACCUGAGCGUAAAAUAAAGCCCACUGCAACGCACAAAACUCUGUCCCCGGAAAGAUCGCAAAAACUGAAACCGGAAAUACGAUCCCCUGAAAGACCACACAAGCAAAAACCAGAGACAUGUGAAACUGUAAAGUCUCACGAGGAAACCCCGAAACAAAAUGGCGAUGUCAGAGAGCCAAUCAGAACUGAGAAAAUUGUAAGACCACAGAGCCCCAGCAAGGCAUCAACGAAACACGUACCGAGUCAGUCUAAAAGCCCGGUCCGACCGGCGAGUCCCGACAAAAGGCGGCCCGCAUCCCCUACCAAACAACAACCGGCUCCCAAGCAAAAAUCUAACAAAUUCAACGAGUACGCCACUGCGUACAUGAAGAAAGUCGGUCUAGACGAGAACAAAAAAAUAUCAGAGACUAAGACUAGGAAGGCUCCAAUGUCCGAAGAAAUAUCACAAAAAGUAGAAACCAAAAAGACCGUUGAGACUAAAUACACAGUGACAUCCAAGGCUACGAGAACUUCCUCCAAAGAUGUGAUCGAAAUCGUGCAAGUCAACGGAAAGAGAUCGCCGUCGCCCGAGAAGGUCGAACCGGUUCGCAAGUCACCGAGUCCGGAGCGCAAAGUCGACAGAACACAACCUAAGCCCCGCAGCCCGGAGCGACAGACACGACCAAAAAUGCCCGACAGCAAGCCGGCCGAAACUACGCAAACUAAGAAGGAGACGAUAAUCAAAACCGUGUACGACAUAGAGAAGAAGAUUCCGCAGAAGCAAGCGCAAGAGGAGAAGCCGUCGUGGGUGACGAACAGGAAUUUAAAGAAGAUAAGCUCGGAGACGCGCACGUUCAGCACCAAGAAGAUCGAGACUGAGAAACAGAAGUAUCGAGCGCCGAGUCCGUCGAAGGUGAUAUCGAAGCCGAUAGACGUCAUAACAUCCAGCUACGGUCCCGGACCGCUGGACGCUGAUGGACGACCACUCUUCGGGAUCAAGGCUUUGAGGAAUGGAGCGAGUAAUUAUCAAGUGAAAGGAACCGUGAUCAGACAAGAGUUUCACUCGCGCAACGGCGGCGAGCCUGAAGGGACGGUAUCCGUGACCGCCUACUCCACGGAACCCGAGGAUCUGGAGAGGCUGCUGCAGACCCAGGGCGAGAAGCCGUCGAAGGUGCACGGGCUAGCGGCCAUCACCACCACCAAGAAGUUCGGCGGAGAGACCGGCACUACGUACUCGGAGAUAGCGACCAAGGAGGAGCGGGCGGCGUUGGACCAGUUCACUCACAGUGACCGACGCGUCACCGAGAGCAGAACCUGCGCCAUCACCGACAGCCAUCACAGCGACCUUCAGACCAGGGAGAUACAAGAUAGGAAAGACCUGACACAAAGGACGCAGGACAGAAAAGACCUAACGCAAAAGACCAGAGAGACAGACACGAAGACAAUGAAACCAGAUAACAAAACGGUGAAAGACACAGAGAGAAAGUUACAGACUGAGAGCGACAGGAAAAUCAAAAUAGAGAGUGUGGACAGGACGGAGAGGUCAGAGAAACGAAUGGAGGAGAAGAAAACCGUCAGGCAGAGUUCUGUUAAGUCUCUUACGGAGAAGUUCAUUAAGAAUGCAAAUGAAACGUCGAAAAACGAACGCAUCACAUACCCCAAGGCUGGUCUCAUUCUCAGGACUACCGUCAAGGAUGUCUCCUCCACUGACGACUGCAAUGCUGGUCUAACGCGUUCGGACAGCCGGUGCAGUGUGGAUUCCAUCGAGGAAGUCACCACAACGACCACAGAACAAACGGCAGAUGGCGGCGUGCGUACCACCACCACUACCAAACGCUCGGGCACGCACAAGCACGUGACACCGUGCACGCAGGUGUCGAACUCGCGUACGCAGGUGUUGAACGCGCGUACGCAGGUGUCGAACACUCGUACGCAGCAAGACAACAAUGUGCAAGAGAAGCGCACGCAGGAGCGAUCCUUCCUCGAUAGUACAACCAAGGUCACCGGCGUACAAGACAUCUUGACUAGGAUGAAGAAUGCUGAUAUCGUGAUCGAGGAGGGUGACACGAACGAGGACGCGGAGGCGCGCGCGCUGCUCAACAAGUUCCUCGGCGCCACCGUGCUCAUGGCCGGCAUGCAAAGCUAUGUCACCGAGCCGCACGGCAAAGUGGUCAUCAAGCAGGAGACAGUGAAGAGCAGCGGUGGUAAGGUGACCAGCAGCCGCCGCGUGGAGGAGAUCGACAUAGACCAGUGCUGGGACGAGAGGGUACUCAGGGAACUGUUGGACGAGUGCACGGACUACGAGCAGAGACGCUUGCUGCGCGCGCGCAUUCGCACUGUCAUGGCGGAACAAGAAGCGUGCGCCCACGCGGUGACGGAGGCGCUGGCGGCGGCCGGCGAGUCGGUGGAGACGGAGGAGCAGACGGGAGAACGCGAGGAAGAAGAAGUAACGACUGUGACAUCGAGCGUAAGGAGGAACUCAUCCGAAAAAACCGUUAGCAGUAGUACCACAGCCAGUAGUACCACAAUUAAAAAUUCUAAAGUGAUCGAGAGCUUGAGCCGGCCUGCACCUAAGCCCGUGUCUCCCUUCGCCAAGUUCCGUCAGCUCGAAAAACAAAACUCCACCAACAGUCCUAGCUCGCCCCAGACCCCGCAGAGCCCGGGCUCUACGCAGCCCUACUUCCGGUUCACGGACCCCGCGCUGCAAGCCAGCGCCGUCACUAUUAAAGAGCGCUUGCUGCAUUGGUGUCGCGACAAGACCCGGGAAUACGAGAAUGUGAAGCUGGAGAACUUCUCGACGAGCUGGGCGGACGGGCUGGCGUUCUGCGCGCUGCUGCACCACUUCCUGCCCGACGCGUUCGACUACUCCGCGCUCACGCCCGACAAGCGCCGCCACAACUUCACGCUCGCCUUCAAAGUUGCCGAUGAGAAGGCGGGCAUCUACCCGCUGCUCGACGUGGACGACAUGGUGGCGAUGCGCAAGCCGGACUGGAAGUGCGUCUUCACGUACGUGCAGUCCAUCUACCGCCGGUUCAAGGACGAGCAGUGAGCGUCCCGCACGCACAGGGCGCCGCGGCGCGUGUCUCCCGCGCGCCCUCUGCGAGCAGCAGUCGCUACUAUGUUUUCUGCCGUCCCAAAUUAGUCGAACGCGGCAGUCACAAAUGUCAAAAGCCCAAAGAACGUUUGUUUUUUUUUAUCAAAUUUUAUGUUGUUGUCGUCGGAGUCCGCCCGACUCGUCCGAGCGCCGUCUCGUCCUCCUAUUUAUCGUACUCAGUAUGUGAUGUAUAUUAUGUAGCGUUAAGCACUAACCCGCCGCAGUCUCCGCUAACCCGGCCGGAUCGCUCCACUUAUUCCUCUACAUAAGCGAGCCGCAUCCCGCGCCUACUCGACCACUAAUACUUCUUCCGAUUUCACUUACGCUUGAAAUAAUCUUUAUAUUUUAAAACUGACUAAGUAUUUAAAAUAAUAAUUUAUAUUAUGAAUAGAAAUA